AUGAAAUGAGGCUCAAUAACAUUUGUGGAAGUAUUAGAAGAUUAGAUUCCAUUGAUGUAGAAAAUCUGUAGAAGCAUCACAAGAUUAGCUUCCAUUGAUAUAUCUCUUGUGUGCCACAGAGAUUUUGAUGAUGAAAUGAGGGCAGUGGUUGCAAGAAAUCUGGAAGGAAGGGGUACUAAUCUGCAUCCAAGGACAAAUUUGUGAGAGACUUAUACUAGACGUAAUAUGUAUGAAUUCAAUUGAUUAAAGCAGAGGGUGGCAUUAAAGUUAUUACUGAUCACGGUGAAGAAUUGGUGGCAGAUGUAGUGCUCUUUGCCACUGGCAGGAUUCAAGAUACAAAGAGGUUGAAUUUUGGAGCUGUGGGGGUUGAACUUGAUCAGACAGGAGCUAUUAAGGUGGAUGACUACUCACACACCAACAUAUCCAGUGUAUGGGCAGUUGGUGAUGUUGAUGUUGCAAAUAGAUUGAAUCUUACACCUGUAGGAUUAAUGGAGGGAACCUGCCUUGCCUUUUUUAUUCUGUUUGGAGCUCCUAUAUUUCUCUGUAUUAAAUGUUAUAUGGUUGUUUAAUAUUUGAUGCAUUUAACAAUCUCAAAUGCAUUGCCUGUAGAAAACUAUGUUUGGUGGACAACCCAGCAAACCAGACUACAACAACAUACCCUGUGCUGUUUUUAGGUAAUCACCACUUUCUGUUGUUGGUCUUAGUGAAGAAUGAGCAAUAGAGCAGGCAAAUGGUGAUAUUCUGGUUUUCACAUCAUCCUUCAAUCCAAGGAAGAAUACAAUUUAUUCUAGUUGGGUUAAUUCCUCUUGCCGGUGGCUAGGGUUUCUCCUACUUGAUGGGUAAGAACCUCACUUUGGCACAUCUCCUUGGUAGAAGGGCCUUCCUCUUUCGUCUUCUUUUUUCAAUUCUCCUUUCCUAUGGCUCAGUGUAGAAUUUUGGAUUGGGGCAGAGGGUUGGCAAUGCCCUUUUUCUUUCUUCUAUUUGGUUUUUGUAGGAUGGGAUCCAGCUGGUGGUCAGGCUAGGAGUGACUGGUUCACGCUAGAUUCAAUCGGGCUGUGCCUGGAGGAUCAUAGGUGGCUUCUGGUGCAGAGGGACAAGUGUACAUGCUGCACAAUUGGGGUUUGUUGCCAUCAGAGGGGCAGUGGAUUUGUUUUGGGGUUACUGGUCUAGAACAGCCCUUGACAAGGCAAAACAGUGCUGGUUUGAGUUGUUGGUUUAUUGGUUGGUGAAUACCAUCUGGCUGGGGGGUUGGGUAUCAGGCAUGUGGUGGAUCUUGGCUAUGGAUGAAAGGUGGGAGGUCUUGUGCCUAAUGGAAUAUUGUGGUGGCAAUUUACCAGAAGAGCCAAAUAUGGUUGCUAUAAAUGGCUAUCAAUGGCAGCCACAUAGAGGAAGGAAGGGAUUUUGUUGGUGAAACUGGCUGUAUGCUGCAAGGGAAGGAUGGUAUUCAAGCCAGCAAAGGGGCUCUAGUGGAGUUUGGCAACAAAGGCUUAAAGGAGACUGGAAGAGAUGGGAACAAGGUUGAGAGCAUAUGGAGAUGAAUGGAACGUGGUACUGAGGCCUUAUUGAGCAAGAUAGAGAAUACCCAUGGUCAAAGGAAGAUUAGUUCUGAUCCUACUGAGAAUGAAAGAACACAAAUACUUAUUGAUACUGUAGGGGUGCCUUGCACUUGCAUGGAGGAGGACUGUGCCCUUCCUGUUGGUUGAUCUUUAAGAAUAGACAGGGUGGCAAUUGCAGGUUGGGGACUGUUGUUGCCGGACUCCCUUGCUCUCCCCAUGAAGCUGGCUAAAUAGGUGAGAAUGUUAAGAAGCUUAGAAUGCUUAUAGUGACUUUAUUUUCUACAAUUUUGUAGCUCUGCAUAUGCCUACACAACUAUUGCAAAUGCAAUCUCUAGUUGCAGAUGCUCUUCUUUACUUAAUUGUUUGUAUUCAGCAUGAGUAUAGCUUAAAUCUACUACUAGUACUGUAGGUAUGCUUGUGUCUUCUGUCUUUAGGGUUUAGGCUUUAAUGCCAUCACAUAGGGAUAUAAUGUAAUCUCUCUAUUUUUUAUUAUGUUCUCUUCUUUUAUCAAACAAAAAAUAUAUAUAUUCUUAUGGUCUGUUGCAACCUGUAUCUCUGUGCUUGUCUUUUCAACAAUCUUCCCCAGGUUGGAAUUCAUCCUUCAGCAGCAGGAGUUUGUGGCCAUGCGAUCAGUUACAAGGCGUGUUUCAAAACCAACGACGAAUCUGUAAGAUAUGAAUUCAUGAAUUGUGGAAGAAAAAAUAUAGGUAAAAAAUUGGUGGAUGGCUAUUUUCGGUCGGUAUUCUCAUUAUAAAUAGUUGUUCAAUUACUGACUAUUUCUCUAGAAUUAUUUUAGAUGUAACAAGAAAUUGUUUUAGUUGUU